AUGCUUCAAUCAACAGAUAGUCCCACUGGAUGGUUUUGUUUAUCCUUGCUACAUGCGAUGGCUUCUCAUCCUUUACCAGAUGAAUAUACUGGAAUGACUGGGAUGGAACGAGCAUUUCAGUUAUUAAAAUCAGCUGGUAGUUGGUCUGAUCAACCUUUCAAUGAGCUUUCUUCAAAUAUUCUUGGUCAAAUAGCAUCCAUUUCACCGAUAGUUAUUUAG